AUGAGUGGUCAUGUUCCCACUCAGCAAGAGCUUCAGGUGCUCUUCCAAGGGCCAGGGGCCCAAAGGGGUGGCCUGAACUUGGCCACCAUCGGCCGCUCGGCACCAUCCAAUGCUACAACUGCCACACAACCUGCGACUCUCGUCCCAGUGCCUUCUGUCGCCCCAGCACCAGCUAUGUCAACCGCAGCUACCAUCAGCGAUGCAGCUCAAGUUGCAGACGAUAGUGUUGAGGAGCACGAAGACGAAGGUCAAGGUCUUUACGAGGUACCAAAAGAUGAGGAUAGCUUGAUUUACGAGGGUGAACCAGAAGGCAGGGCGCUGGAGUCUGGCGAAGACGAGGAUGAAAUGGAGGUCGUUAACAGCGGUACUAUCGACACUGAUGAAAGAAUGCAGCAAGACACGACUGAAGGUGCUGACGAUGACCUUGAUGCUCUUCCGCUCGAUGAGGAUGCUACACCGACUCAGGGGGCCCUCCGAGAUGUAGAUGACGAAGUGGAAGACCCAAUGGAAGACCUACAUGGCGAGCAUCGCCCCGGUGGAUUUACCCUUGAUAUGUUCGAGAGAUAUGCUAGAACUUCUCCGCCUACAGAUCCUGCCUACCUCCGGCGCUUAGCUCGCGUCGCCCAAGUUCAGCGCGAAGAGGACGAAGCAGACACCAAUCGAGCUCCGCGCCCGGCCUCAUCACCACAAGCCCUGGCCCAGCUAGACAUGAACACCCGUCCGGACACGGUCCCGCAGCCAAUCACCACUACCGCCGCUCAACCUCAACCACCCGGUACUGUCGACAGGUCCAAUUGGCCGCCGGAGGCCAUUGCCGAAGUCGAACGUCUCGAAGGUAUCAACAACGAGCUCAGACGCCUUCGUCCCUUACAGACCAUCAUAACAGAAGCACAAGCCGAGCAGGGACUCGAACAGCGCCAAGCGCUAUUCCGGCACUGGGACCCGGAUGUGCCACUUAGCGAGGAGGAGUUAAGAUGGCAACUUGAGGGGUCGAAGCGGAUCAUCAAUUGGAAGUUGGAGCGAUUUUCGCGUCGUGAUGGUAGUGGAGACGAGUAG